CUAUGCCCAUGAAGUUUUUGACAUGCCGCCUCUGCAUCCAAGUUAAAUGACUUCGACAGAGUUGUGCAUGUGUAAUAAACUUUCUCUAAGUGAAAUUUUUUCCUCACAUGCAGGGAAGACAAAUGGACUAGGGAACAGGAUCGCUUGAUUUUUCAAGGAGUUGUUCUUCUUGUAAGAUUCGGGGCAUGUUCCGCUGAGAUGCUGAGGGGGAUGGUGCAGAGAGUGUAUAAGAAGUUAAUAAUUUGCUUGUGAAGUGAUCUAUGUCCAACAUAAUAAAAUUUUAUUGGGUUUGCCCUCACUCCUUCUCCACUAGCUGAAAUUCUUUGCUCAUUUUGGUUGAACCAAUCGAAAUUCAAUCCUGUUCUCUAUCCCCAUAAUAGGGGAGAGGGAGAUUCCACGCUGAGGUUGAGCAAUAGAGACAGCUAACCAUGAUUUUUUUCCCCUAAACAGUCUGGUCCAAAUCGAUUAUAAUUGGAUGCAUUUAAUUACGUGACGCACAUUCAAGAAUGCAUGCCAAGGAAUUUUCCAAAUAUUUUUCGUUUCACAGAAGGUGGACUUAGCUGAUGAAACAAUUCAUAACAGCUAAUAUUUUCUUCAAGUGGCAGCAAACUGUUAGAUUCAUUUGGUGUAAAAUUUUCCGCUACUCCCGCUGGUUAGUUGGUAAGUCAAAGAUUUGAACUAAAACAAAUAGGGUGUUCUGGUUAAGCUUUAAUUCUUCUGUUUUCUUUUGUUUUCGUCUGCUAAACCUAUACCAUAACCUUCUCUUUCAUUUCAAUGGAGCUCACGUCUUGAUUCACCCCUCUCUCUCUCUCUCUUUCUCUGUGUGUGUGUGUGUGUGUGUGUGUGUGUAAUCAUGUCCUUCCACGAAUCAUCUCUUAACAGAAAUCUAUUGAAGCAUACCUCAUUCUUUGGCAUCCGAUUAUGGGUUGUUUUAGUUGCUUUCAUUCUACUCUUCACUGUUCUCAUUCUCAUCGUUAUCUUUCUUUGCAUCAUCUAUCUUUGUCGCCAGAAAUCCAAAUCCUUCGAACCCCGUUUCCGUUUACCAAAUGCCGUGUCUUGCAACAACUAUCGGGGUAGUUUCAGUUCAUCAUCCCUGGACAAGAGACUCCUGUCGUGCCGUAUGUCAGAGGUUGAGAUGAACAUUGCCAAGCUAGACCAUCAUAAUCCGCUGGUAUCACCUCAGGCUAGUGAGAUGAUGAUCACCACUCAAGGGAGUGGUGAUGUUGAUGAUUUGGAGUCAGAUGGUAGGUCCUGUCCCCUUGUUUUGAAUGUGGGGAGAGGAAAUAGGUUUGCUUUAAGGGAUAUGGAUGUGGUGACCAAUGGAUUUGCGGAUCAGAAUGUGAUUGGGAAUGGUGAUUAUGGUGUCGCAUAUCGUGGCAUUUUGUUGGAUGCUACAAGAGUGGCUGUAAAGAGACUAUUUAAUAAGAGUUGCCAAGCUAAAGACUUUGUAGCUGAAGUGGAGGUUAUAGGGCAUGUCAGACACAAGAAUUUAGUCAAAUUGCUUGGAUACUGUAUGGAAGGAGGUUACAGAAUGCUUGUGAAUGAGUAUGUGGAUAAUGGUAAUCUGCAACGGUGGCUUCACGGAUGCCCAGAACAAGCAAGCCCUUUAACAUGGGGUAUGAGGAUGAACAUCAUCCAAGGAGUUGCAAAAGGAUUGGCCUACCUUCAUGAGGACAUUGAACCAAAAAUUGUUCAUCGGAACAUAAAAUCUAGCAAUAUAUUGCUUGAUCAACACUGGAAUCCUAAGAUCUCUGAUUUUGGGAUUGUUAAGCUCUUUGGUCCAGAGGGAAAUGACAUAGCAGCUCGUCUGAUGGGAAAGUCAGGUUAUUUAUCUCCAGAAUAUGCUUCUAAUGGAGUUUUGGAUGAGAAAACUGAUGUUUAUAGCUUUGGAAUACUUAUCAUGGAGAUCAUAUGUGGAAGGACUCCUGUAGAUCACAAUCACCCCCACGUUUAUUUGAUUGACUGGUUGAAAUCCAUGGUUGCAAAUAAGAAAAUCAUGUAUGUGGCAGAUCCUAAAUUGGCAGAAAUGCCAUCUUCAAAGGAGCUCAAACGCAUACUUUUACUUGCUCUUCGAUGUGCUGAUCCUAAUAUAAAGCAUAGACCUACAAUGGGAGAUGUGAUCCACAUGCUUGAGCCACGCGACUUACUAUUAAAUGAUGAACAUCGUAUUAGGAGAGGAUCCUCAUCUCAUCGAAGUUGCUCACAAGAGUCUCGGAUUGUUGCAAAAUCAGGUGAGAGCGACUUCAAUACAUGCGAAAAAGAAAGCAACUGUAAUGUCUAUCAGAAAAUGAUUUGAAGACGUAUUCACUGACGUUUCAACUUUCAAGAUUUAUGCUUCUGUUUUUGAACAGUCAAUAUAAAUAAAAUUGUUCUUCGUUUGUAUUUACUUCUGCCAUACGAGAAUUUUUGCAGCUGUUCUAAUCAUAGUUGAUGAAUGAAACACAAUGUUAA